ACACAGUGUUACACAGCAAGCAGAGCUCUGAUCAGCAGAGCAACCAACCCUUUCCCUCCAUCCUGUCAUCAUGAGGUUUGAAGAGAUCUUGGAUGAUAUUGGUGGAUUUUCCAAAUUUCAGUUUUUGCUGUUGUCCAUCCUGUGUCUGCCCCGUGCCAUCCUCCCCCUCCAUUUUCUCCUGCACAACUUCAUCUCUGCUACCCCUCCUCAUCACUGCUCCCUCGGGAUCCUGACGAAGAGGAAUGAAAGUUUGUGGUCCUCUGACCCUGAGACUGUGGCCUUUUUUAUCCCUUACCAGGAUGAUGGCUCUUUCAGCUCCUGCAGGGUCUACAGUACCCCACAAACCAGCAACUCCAGUCAAGAGAACAGGACUGUAGUGUGUCCAAAUGGAUGGACCUAUGACAAGUCUCAGUUUAGCUCCACUACUGCCUCUGAGUGGGACCUGGUGUGUAAUGACAAGCAACUGAAUCAAGCACUUGCCACCUACUUCUUUCUUGGGGUCAUGUUCGGAGCCAUUGUCUUUGGACAGCUUUCAGACAAGUUCGGCCGGAAGUACAUGCUCCUGGUAGCUUUAAUUGGCUCUACCUUACUUGGAACAACCUCUGCCUUCUCCACAUCCUACGUCAUGUUUGCCGUUUCCAGAGCGCUCUCCGGCUUUUGCCUCAGUGGACUGUCUAUCAUUGGAUUAGUCCUGGGUAUCGAGUGGAUAGAUAUAAAGCACCGCACCUUUACCGGUACCAUCAUGAGCCUGUCGUGGAGCGUGGGAAACAUGCUCCUGGCCCUAAUGGCCUACUUCAUACGAGACUGGAGGCACCUCACACUGGCUGUGACUGUGCCUUGCGGUGUAGCCAUCGUCUGUUGUUGGUGGCUGCCAGAGUCUGCUCGCUGGUUGUUGGCUAAUGGUAGAACAGAGGAAGCAAAGAAAUAUUUGGUUCAAUGUGCUAAAAUUAACAGGACAUAUCAAAACACGACCAAACUGGACACUGAGGUUUUAAGGAAGGUGACCCUCUCUGAAGUGGCUGAGAAGAACCACACCUACCUGGACUUGGUCAGAACUCCUCAGCUGAGGAAGAUCACUCUGUGCUCUGGGCUGUCCUGGUUUGCUGUUUCCUUCCUCUACUAUGGGAUCAGUUUCAAGAUAUCAGGAUUUGGUGUCAGCAUUUACCUCACCCAGUUCAUCUAUGGCGCAAUUGAAGUUCCCGCCAAAGUCCUGACGUUUUUUGUCCUGGAUUUCAUUGGCCGUCGAAAUGGCCAGGCCUGGUUUCUGAUUAUAACAGGAGCUCUGAUUGGGAUAAACACUGCCAUACCUUUAGAGUACUCUGUGGUUCGUACAUGCAUUGCUGUGGUGGCCAAAGGUUUCUCUGAGGCGGCCUUCACCACUGCCUUCCUCUACUCAGCCGAACUCUAUCCUACUGUACUCAGGCAAUGCGGUAUAGGCUACACCUCCUGUCUCUGUCGCUUUGGAAGUUCCCUAGCCCCAAUGAUAAUGCUGCUGGAUGACGUCUGGCUUCUCCUGCCUCCCGUGAUCUUCGCUGGGACUGGGAUCAUCAGCGGAAGCUUGGUCUUUCUGCUCCCAGAAACUCUCAACAUCCAUCUGCCAGAAAACAUUUUUGAUGUUGAGGAGAGAAGGCACAUACCAGGCAGCGCAGCGGGCGGCGGGGAGGAAGAGACUGAGCUGAAGUCAUAAAGUAAAGAAGACAGAGCUGCAGGUCGCUCCUCCUCAUCAGAACACAGAUCCUCCUCAUCACUGGACACUUUAACCUCAUUGGUGCUUUACGAUUUUCAUUGGAACUUUUACACCUUUACAGCUAGACUUCUUUACCUUAUCA